CAGGUAAAGUACCUACCAGCGUCUUCUGCACAUGCGCAUUAAGUGUUGGUUAAACAUGGCCCAAACUACAAAGCUAGUUGCGCGAUAUCCAACCUAUUUCCAUGGAAAAACUUUGUACGGAAUUGUGUCAAACUUUAAAAAUUUUGGUGUUGGAAGAACUGUUAUUCGUAAUAGUCUGCUCAGAUACCCAGAGCCUUCAUUUUACAAGAUUGUUAAGGUGGAGUUGGAUCUAAGUCGACACUUCGGAAAGACAAAACGUUUUUGCAAGGUUUACGCUCAUACCUGGUUCAGAGGAGAGUACCGUGGCAUCAAAGGCACAGGGGCAGCUUUUAAGGCAGACUGGCGACUCUUACAGGAAGAUGAAUUAGACACCUUUUGUAACCUUGAAAAUGCUCCAGAGAGGCCAGUUAGGGCAGUACCCAUGUAUUUCAGGGCUCCGCCUCUCUACGAAUUGCACAAACUUCAGAGGUUAAAAUUUCUAAAUGUAGAGGCUGAGGCUCCAGUGACAUUGAAAAAUAGUCCCAGUUAAAGAAAAUGCUUUUAUUACGCAGGAUCCAAACUGGAUAGCUGACCCCUAUGUAAGACACAAGGUGGAAGGAUAUGAAGCUGAGUCAGGAUCUUAUGGAGAACUGCCUAAAACUAAAAUCCACCCUAAGACUGUAUAUGGAGACUUAAAAGAUUCUUAAGAGACUUAUUAUGGUGAAGGGGUGUGGGGUGUCAAAUAUUGUUAUAGCAUUGAUCGAUUGAGAAGAAGAAAUAUUGUGUGCAAACUGAGAGGACUUCUUUUUUAAUUGUAGCACUGAUUUGCUGCUUGUUGUUAAUAAUUUAUGAGCUCCAGAUUCAGAUGUUCUGGACAUCAAUCAAAGGCUUUAUUUAGCUUCUUUGCUGGUAAAAUCAGAAUUAAGCCUUUCAAUAAUAAUUCUUUAAAACAAAUUGUAAUACUUAUAACCGUAAUUAUAUAGGCAUUAAAACAGUUUUGAUAGCUGUUCAGGUGAGGUAGAGCUGCUUGAAUUUGAAAACAAUUUUCAACACAAUAACACUUCUUACACAUCACCGAAUGUGAAUUCUAUUGAUAACUGUCAAAGGUAAAUUGAAAUUUUCAAAAGGAACACCAAAAUAAUAAUAAUCAAAGCACAAAUUGAGAACGGUGAGCAGUUUCACACAUGGAAAACGUUAAAAAAUUAGCAAUGUUUUCAUGUUUCACUGGAGUGUUUUUUCAAUAAUUAACUGGUUUCAUUUGUACAUAGCGUUUGGAAAAAUUAACUGAGAUUUACAUGUACGUGCCAGUAUUUCAUCUUCUGACAGAAACUUGUUUAUUUCACAAAUUGAGAGAAAUGAUGACUUGGAAGGUAUAAUUUUGAUGACAAUUUUUUCAGUAUGAAAGAAGCUAUCUGCUGUACACUUGCGCUAUACUACAUUGUCUGUGUGUUUUGUGUUUGAUGUAUCAUACCCGUAAAUUUAAUACGGGGUGUGAAUUGGGGUGGGGGAUUUGCUACACAGUCCGUUCCGUACCAACUUACCGGCGAUUAUUAUCACUUCAGUCUAAGACCCAUCAUCUGUAGCGAUUAACUUAUUUUAUACCUUGUCCCAUUCUGGAUAAAGGUUGUGAUUCAUAUCACAGCGGGUAUUAAUCCUUAUCCUGAACACAAAGUAAUUUCUGUGCUUGGGUGCUGCAGCUUUCAUGUUCACACUAGGAAAACUCCCCACAUUGUAACUUGUAACUUGUCUAAAUUCUAAACAGACCGUCUUUGAAGGUGACGUUUAGGAAAUUUUCAAAUGCUAGUAUUUCUUUCACGUAUAAAAUUUGCGCAAUAUGCAGUCCCUACAGACAAGC